CUGAUCCGUCUAUCAGCAGCAUUCAACUCUAACUUACUCUUCAAUUACCAAUCAUCUAGCGCAACGAAACAUGGGAUUCUCGGUGUAUGGCUGGCUCUGUGUAACGUUGGAAAUCUCCCUUACCAGACUAGCGAGCAGGAAAUCGGAGACUUUUUCAGUCAAGCUGGUCAAGUGACUAAUGUUAGAAUGGUUUACGAUCGUGAAACUGGACGAGCCAAGGGUUUCGCAUUCUGCGAGUUCGCUGAUGAAGCUGGAGCACAAAACGCUAUGAACAGACUCAAUGGGGCUGAUUUCAAAGGACGACAACUCCGAGUGAACCUCGCUAACAGGGACUGA